AUGGCAUCUUUCAUUUCGGAUUUUGGCCUUAUCUGGUACUUGAAAGAACUAAACAAGCAGGAAUUCAUGAAGUUUAAGGACUUUCUCAUACAGGAGAUUCUGGAAUUGAAGCUGAAACAGAUUUCUUGGACCGAAGUGAAGAAAGCAUCUCAGGAAGAUCUUGCCAACUUACUUCUGAAAUGUUAUGGGGAGAAUCAAGCAUGGGAUAUGACCUUCAAAAUCCUCCAGAAGAUCAAUAGGAAAGAUCUCACUGAGAGGGCAAGAAGAAAGACUGCUGAUGUUGUAGAUUCUUCCCAUAUUGGACUCACUGACUCAGGAAACCCAAAGUUAUAUAGAGAUCAUUUGAAGAAGAAGCUGACCCAUGUUUUCUCCAAGGUGUUUAACGCCACUAUUCAAGAUUUCAUUAAAGAAACACUCAUUCAGGACGACUUUAAUACUUUUGAGAACUUUCUCAUAUCAAAAGGAACUGGGAAGAAGCCACACAUGGUGUUUCUAAAAGGCAUGGCUGGAAUUGGCAAGACACUCAUGUUGAAAAAUUUAAUGUUGGCCUGGUCGAAAGGCCUGGUGUUUCAAAACAAAUUCUCUUACACCUUCUACUUCUGCUGUCAAGAUGUGAAGCAGUUGAAGACAGCUAGCCUUGCUGAACUGAUCUCCAGAGAGUGGCCCAGCCCCUCAGCUCCUAUAGCAGAGAUACUAUCCCAACCUGAGAAACUCUUAUUUAUCAUUGACAGCUUGGAAGGGAUAGAAUGUGAUAUGUCAGAACAGGAAUCUGAGCUGUGUGAUAACUACACGGAGAAGCAGCCAGUGAAUAUACUGAUGAGCAGUUUGCUCAGGAGGAAGAUGCUCCCUGAAUCCUCUUUCCUUAUUGCCGCCACCCAUGAGACUUUUGAGAAAAUAGAGGACAGGAUUCAGUGCACAGAAGUGAAAACAGCCACUGCAUUCAAUGAAGAAAGUAUUAAGAUAUGUUUCCACAGAUUGUUCCAAGAUAGGAACAGAGCCCAGGAGGCCUUCAGUUUGGUGAGAAAAAAUGUGCAGCUCUUUACUGUAUGUCAGGCCCCUCUGGUCUGCUGGAUGGUGGCUACUUGUCUAAAAAAGGAGAUAGAGAAGGGAAGAAAUCCAGUCUCCAUCUGCAGACGUAUCACCUCCCUGUAUACCACUCACAUCUUCAAUUCAUUCAUUCCCCAAAGUGCCCAAUAUCCAAGUAAAAAAAGCCAAGACCAGCUGCAGGGCUUAUGCUCUCUAGCUGCCGAGGGCAUGUGGACUGACACAUUUGUGUUUGGUGUGGAAGCUCUUAGGAGAAAUGGGAUCAUGGAUUCUGACAUCCCAACACUAUUGGACAUUGGAAUGCUUGGAAAGAUCAGAGAGUUAGAAAAUUCUUACAUAUUCCUCCACCCAUCUGUUCAGGAGGUCUGUGCUGCCAUCUUUUAUCUGCUAAAGAGCCAUGUGGACCACCCUAGCCAAGACGUUAAAAGUAUAGAGACAGUGUUGUUUAUGUUUUUAAAGAAAGUAAAAACACAGUGGAUAUUUUUGGGCUGUUUCAUCUUUGGCCUUUUACAGAAAUCAGAACAAGAAAAGCUAGAGGAGUUUUUUGGCCACCAGUUGUCCCAGAAAAUACAACAUAAGUUACAUCAGUGCCUGAAAACCCUAAAUAACAAUGCAGAGCUUCAAGAACAGAUAGAUGGCAUGAAAUUGUUUUCCUGCCUGUUUGAGAUGGAAGAUGAAGCCUUCCUAGUGAAAGCAAUAAAUUGUAUGCAACAAAUUAACUUUGUGGCUAAGAAUUAUUCUGAUUUUAUUGUUUCUGCCUAUUGCUUGAAACACUGUUCUACUCUGAAGAAAGUAUCCUUUUCAACCUACAAUGUCCUGAAUGAAGAAGUAGACCAGAGGCAUAUGGAAAAGCUGCUCAUCUGUUGGAAUGAUAUAUGCUCUGUGUUUGGAAAAAGUAAAGACAUCCAAGUACUCCAAGUAAAAGACACUCAUUUCAGUGAGCCAGCCAUUCAAAUCUUGUAUGAAUCUCUGAAGUGCCCCAGCUUCACCCUUAACAAACUUGUGGCAAAUAAUGUGUACUUCUCUGGUGACAAUCACGUGUUCUUUGAGAUGAUUCAGAACUGCAGUUUGCAGUACUUGGACCUCAGCUGCUCAUUCCUGUCCCACAGUCAGGUGAAACUAUUGGGUGAUGUCUUGAACCAGGCAGAGUGCAACAUAGAAAAACUUGUGUAA